AACAGCUCCUCUGCUUUACUAGUGGUUUGUUGUUCUAUAAAUUGCUGAACAAUUCAAUUUUUUCCACUCAUAAUUUUUUGCAGCUAUCAGCCAUAAUUUGUAUACAAUCUUAUUAAACGUGAAACACAACGAAGCGAAGCGAUUAGAAAUACAAACAACAACAGCAAUGUUAAAUUUGACAUUGUUGUUCCUCGGGCUGUCGCUCUACGUCGCCAGCUCAUUUCAAUGGAACCAGGCACAGGACAACGCUGUACAGCAGAAAAUGCUGCAGGAUAAACAUGAUGUAAACAUUGUGCACUAUCAGCCGGAGCAGGUGCACCUAUCAUUUGGAGAACGCACCGCCAGCGAAAUUGUUGUCACUUGGUCAACGCGCGGCUUGCCACCAACAUCUGCCGACAGCGUUGUCGAAUAUGGACUGAGCGAAGAUCUGACGCAGCGCGCCACAGGACAGCAGGCCAUCAAGUUUGUCGAUGGCGGUCGCAAGCAGAUGACCCAAUAUAUCCACAGGGUUACGCUUAGGGAGCUGAAAGCGAAUAGUAGCUAUAUUUAUCACUGCGGCAGUGAACUUGGCUGGUCAGCGAAAUAUGAAUUCCGUACGGUGCCCAGCCCCGAUGCCAACUGGUCACCGACUCUUGCCAUCUAUGGCGAUAUGGGUAAUGAGAAUGCUCAAUCUUUGGCCCGACUGCAGCAGGAGACACAACUGGGCAUGUACGAUGCGAUCAUCCAUGUGGGAGACUUUGCAUACGAUAUGAAUUCGAAGAAUGCUCAAGUCGGGGAUGAGUUUAUGCGUCAAAUUGAAACGGUCGCCGCUUAUGUCCCCUAUAUGGUUGUGCCGGGCAAUCACGAGGAGAAGUUCAACUUCUCAAAUUAUCGGGCCCGCUUCAGCAUGCCGGGUGGCACAGAGAAUCUGUUCUACAGCUUCGAUUUGGGGCCGGUGCACUUCAUUGGCAUCUCCACGGAGGUCUACUACUUCCUCAACUAUGGCAUAAAGACGCUCAUCUUUCAGUUCGAGUGGCUUCGGCGGGAUCUGGAGGCGGCCAAUCUGCCAGAGAAUCGUGCGCAACGACCUUGGAUUGUCCUCUAUGGCCAUCGGCCGAUGUACUGCAGCAAUGAGAACGACAACGAUUGCACCCACUCGGAGACGCUGACGCGCGUCGGUUGGCCAUUUUUGCACUUGUUUGGCCUGGAGCCGCUGCUCUAUAAGUAUGGAGUGGAUGUGGCAAUAUGGGCGCAUGAGCACUCCUACGAGCGCCUCUGGCCCAUUUACGACUACAAGGUGCGCAACGGAACAUUCGCCUCACCCUAUGAGAAUCCCCGGGCACCGGUGCAUAUAAUCACUGGCUCCGCCGGUUGCAAGGAGGGUCGGGAGCCGUUCAAGGGCAAAAUACCCGAGUGGAGCGCAUUCCACAGCCAGGACUAUGGCUAUACGCGCUUGAAGGCCCACAAUCGAACGCAUUUGUACUUUGAGCAAGUGUCCGAUGAUAAGCAGGGCGCCAUUAUCGAUCAAUUCUGGCUUAUUAAAUCACAGCAUGGCGCCUACAGUGAUCCUUCAUAGUAGCGUAGCUGGACAAAACCGAACAACAACAACAAAUAGGCACAAACACACACACACAGACAGAAACACAAAGAAAUAUCCACAGUGAUGCAACUAGCAGUAUUACAAGCGCACAUUCUAUUAGCUCGUAAAGUAUAUAAUUCCACACAGCAACUGUAACUGCAACUGUAACUGCAACUGUGACUGCAACUGCAACUGUAACUGCAACCCCAGUAUAUCUGAUAACUGUAAACACUCCUUAAAUUAGCAAAUUUUAUUAUAUGUAAGUGUUAUCUGUUAACGAGCACAACACACACCCAUUGGUGUGCCCCUGUGCCGACAUCUCCAGCAUGUAUGCAUAUACAUGCAUUUUAUAAGCAGUCUGCAACUGCAAAAUCUUGCAUUUUGUAACGCUUACAAUUUUCCAUAUCAAAUGGGAUUGAUUUUCACUUAAGACGCUGCUAACUUAUCAAACAUAAGAAACGAUUAACUGAAUUGAGGUGUGUAAAAUUGAUUGUUAUUUUUAUUUUUAUUUUUUUUUUUUGCUAAGUUUAGAAAUAUAGCAAAGCAUAGCAUUUAAUAAUGA